AUGCUGUUUAACAUGAGGAAUGUCUUCAGUAUUGCAAAACUAACCGGGACCAGCAAGCAGCUGCUGCGACAGUUUUGGUUCAUUGCUGGCAAUUGGUGGGAACUUUCUCUGGUUAGCAGAGAUGAUAGAAAAGCAAGUUUGGAGAACAACCACAGGUAUGGGCCACCAGCUCAAAUGAAUGUUCAUCUGAAAGGUCGUGACCUCCUUACUCUACAGAACUACAAAGCAGAUGAGCUGAAGUAUUUGCUGUGGAUGGCCUCAGAUUUGAAACAAAGGAUAAAGCACAAAGGAGAGUAUUUGCCUUUGAUGCAAGGAAAAUCCUUGGCCAUGAUUUUUGAGAAGAGGAGCACAAGAACAAGAUUAUCUGCAGAAACAGGAUUUGCUCUCCUUGGAGGACACCCUUCCUUCCUUACAACACAAGACAUACAUCUGGGCACUAAUGAGAAUCUCACAGACACAGCAAGGGUGCUGUCCGGCAUGACAAAUGCAAUCUUGGCUCGAGUUUACAAGCAUAACGAUCUGGACCUAAUGACGAAGGAAGCCACGAUACCAAUAAUCAAUGGAUUGUCCGAUUUAUACCAUCCUCUCCAGAUUUUAGCUGAUUAUCUAACUCUUCAGGAGCACUAUGGUGGGCUGAAUGGGCUUACUGUCACCUGGAUUGGGGAUGGAAACAAUGUCCUCCACUCCAUCAUGACGAGCGCUGCAAAGCUGGGAAUGCAUCUGCGUAUUGCGACUCCCAGGGGCUUUGAACCAGACCUCAGAAUAACUAAAAUAACAGAACAGUACUCCAAAGAGUAUGGUACCAAGUUACUUUUCACAACAGAUCCUUUGGAAGCUGCAGACGGUGCCAAUGUCUUAGUUACAGAUACAUGGAUAAGUAUGGGACAAGAAGAGGAAAAGAAAGAAAGACUAAAGGCAUUUCAAGGCUAUCAGAUUACAAUGCAGACUGCAAAAUCUGCUGCUUCCAACUGGAGUUUUUUACAUUGUCUACCCAGAAAACCUGAAGAAGUUGAUGAUGAAGUGUUUUAUUCUCCACGGUCAUUGGUUUUCCAGGAGGCUGAAAACAGAAAAUGGACAAUUAUGGCUGUCAUGGUUUCCCUGCUGACAGAUUACUCACCACAGCUACAAAAGCCUACAUUUUGAUGCUUGGAUUCCUGCC